AUGAAGCGCUCUCGUCAGGAUAAUCGUCAUCUUGGCCCAGCGGCGGCCGCCAUGCGCCGCCGUGACGUGUACCGAGACGGCCGUCAAGCGGAGGAGCAGGUGAGCAUUCAGAAGCUCUUCCGGGACGCUAUAGCGAUGCAAAAGUUCCACUCCCCGAACCAGUCUGGCGCCGCAGCCCGUGUGAUGAUCCACAGCCGUGAGGAGCUUGCCUUGUAUCGCCAGAAGCGGCGCGCAGAGCUCGAGGAGAGUGUGCGGCGUGGCUUUAAGGCGAUCGGCAACUGGAUUCGCUACGCACGUUGGGAAGCGCAGCAGUGCGAUUUUGACCGCAUGCGGGCUGUCAUGGAGCGCGCAGUGUCCGUGCACGGCGAGAAUCCAAGCCUGUGGCGCGACUACGCAGAGCUGGAGGAAUCGAGCGGGUUCAUAGAACAUGCUCGUCAGGUGUGGAGUCGUGGUGUGACGGCGCUGCCGUCGAGUGUAGACUUGUGGGUUAAGUACCUGGCCAUGGAGCAGGCAGUGGGUCACGAUCAGCGGGUGCGAGACGUUUUUCAUCGAUGGCUUUCCGGGGACGCGGUGCCGUCGUGCGCAUAUCAGCUGGCUGCCCUUUAUGAGGCCCAACAGCGGCGUCAGGCAGGCUGCCGCGACCACCUUCGCCGCUGCGUUGAACGUUUUAACACGCCAGCGAGCUGGUUGCUGUACGGCGCCACCGAACAACAAGUCUUCGGGGAUUACGAGCGUGCCGUCAAGGUACUUGAGACAGCAAUGCAGGCACUUCCCGAUGAGGACCUUUGGGGGUCAGAGGUGUGCCCCGUGCCGCUUGCGCUGGCAGAGGCGCACGUUGCCGCCGGCAACAUCGUGCAGGCGCGCAAUGUCUUCCACAGCGCCCUCGAACACGUGGCUGAUCACCCCCUGCUAUUAGAGAAGGUGUUGUCGUCCUACAGCCGCUUUGAGCGCCUGCACGGAGACGGUGCGCUCUCUGAGCAGGUGGCGCGACUACGCACUAUUCAGCUGUACGAAGAGCGCCUCCGAAAAAACACGAGUGACUUUGACGCCUAUCUGACGUUGUACUCCCUCUAUCGCGACCAGGAGCGUGAGAGGCGACUGAGCGCAAGCGGCCCGCCCAGCAACGCGCUGUCAGCGGUGAGAAGCAGCGCUGCAGCAACGUCGGCAGCACUUCUCCACUCGCCGGCUGCUGCAGCUUCUCCGUCUCGGCAGGUGCUGGCGCGGGCACUCCAAAUGCCUGCUCGGGACCCGUAUAGUGCCCAGCAACGUGCUGUUUUGGUCAUGGAGUACGCGCGUGCCUGUGAGGCUGAGGGAGAGCUGGAUGAGGCAAGGCGCACCCUUGCGGAGGAGAUCAAGAGCUUCCCCUUUGACGCGGCUCUGUGCCCGCGGCUGUGGGUGGAGGCGGCCGCAAUAGAGGAGCGCCACGGCGGCGCCACGCAGGCGCGUCGGCUUCUCCGCGCCGGAUCACAAGUAACAAAAGAUCCGCGCCUCUUCGAGGAGGCAAUUCAGUUCGAAGAGCGUCAGCGGACCGCCGUAAUCGAGGGAAUGCACGCCACAGCGCACUCGACCACGCAGUCGUCGAUGAGGGAGGUGGAGGAGGCGUGUGCACCGUACGUGGCGGAGUUGCGUACAGACUAUCAAAACGCCAUUCAGGCUUUCCCAUUUGACGUGCAGUGGUGGCUCCGCUACGCGAAGUUGGAGGAACAGCAGCAGGAGAUCCCGCGCGCAGACGCACUGUAUGGUGCCUGCAUCCAUACCUUCAACGGUGAGGCUGAACGGGUUACGUCUUUUGCGCACCGCUACGACCUCCUCGGCCAUGUCGACGCUGCCUGGGCACACCGAAUUCAUCUUCACACGCGGCGCGCGCGUGCCCUGCAGCGACAGGUGUCGCGGUGCAAGGGGAGCGCUGUGGACGCAGAGACUGCUCGGGCGGAGUUGACGACACUGCAAGAGGAGCUUUUGCGCUUGUAUGCGGCCCUCCUGCAGGACGUCUGGAAUGCGUACCGACACGAGGCGGUGGCGUGGUUUUCGCGGUACUUCGAGGCAGGUGAAGGCAGCGGUUCCGGUGUGCUCGCUGGUGCCGCACCAAAGACGUUGCCCUCGUCCAUCACACCUGCCACCGCGCGUUGGUCGGAAGCAGUGGAGGCGGUUGCAGGAUAUAUGGAGCGAAUGGGCGCUGUGAAAGCACGUCAGGGCACCCCAGAGAGUGCCCUAGCUGCCCUUCGUGCGAUCCUCAAGUCAAUGGUUGAGACAGAGCGUCACGCUAUUCGCCGAUCUCUUGGCUGGACCGAGCAGACCACACAGUUUGACGCCGUACAGAGGGCGCGCGAGUGGGGCGAGCUGCUGCUGUCGCCACUCCUCGAGGAGUGGAGCAAGUUUGAGCUCACCCACGGUGGGUCACUGGAGGCUGUUGCAGCCGCGAUGGAGAAACCCUUGAAGCGCCGCACGCGACUCUUCAAGACGCGGUCGUAG